AAUAGUUACUUUUUCUAGGUUACAACACUGUAAAAAGUGACUAUUUUAGUAUUUCUAUAUAGUCUGUGGUUGCUGUGCUGGGGACUGGUGUGAAGUUCGUGCAAGUGGUAAUGCGAGCGAAUCGCGACGGCUAGAGUUAUAGUUGGUGUAUUGUAUUUUAAUAUCAAUACGUUUUCCCUUUUUCUGUUCAAUAAAAUCAAGCAAAUACAAUGAUUCAUUUCAAAGAUAAUAAAAACAAAUCAGCUCUUAGCACAAGAUGGGCUCAAAUGUCGAAACAAGAGCAGAUUAUAGAGAGGAAGAAAAUGGAGAUACAGGCUAAAUUGGAGGCCCAGAAGCAAGCUGCGGCGCUUGCCGCUCAAGCAAAACUAUCAAAUCCUACCCAAAAAGAUGAUAAGGGCUCUGUCAACAUUUUCUCCAAUGAUGGCAGCUUCAUGAACCAAUUCAAGGCCUUGCUUGAAAAACAGAAGCAAGACAAGCAGGAGAAAGAAGAACAGGAUAAGAAUCAUAGUGAUGAUGAAUCAAAACCGUCAGUUAAGCAUGAGAGUAAAGAUCAAUCCUCUACUGACGAUCCAUAUGAAAGAGAACAUUAUGGGCAAGGCAUUGAUGACAGACGCAAGUCUGGGGAUAGAGGACAAAGGCCAAAACAUCAUAGAUGGAAUGAUAGAGGUCGUCCACGUCCCCACAGUCCUAUAACACCAGUUGUGGAAGACAGAAAGAAGCUUGUGGACAACAAAAAUCCUCAUAACAUCCCUCCCCUCAUGCAAAUCCCUGUUAUGCCACCAAAUAGUCAAUCUUUAGAUUCUGACCGUAACCAAUGGCUAGGCUCUAAGUCUGAUGAAGAUCCUGAUUCCAGUAAUGAAAUGGGUCCUAAUAUGGGACCUGGGCCAAUGGGACCAGGGCCAAUGCCUCCAGGUAUUAUGGGCCCUAGUCUAAUGGGACCUGGUCCUGGACCUGGUAUGGGGCCAGGUCCAAAUAUGGGCCCUGGUCCUAAUAUGGGCCCAGGGCCUGGCAUGGGACCUGGCCCCAAUAUGGGCCCUGGAGGUAAUGGGCCCGGACCUAAUAUGGGCCAUGGUCCAAAUAUGGGUCCAGGGCCUAAUAUGGGUCCCCGACCAGGUAUGGGGCCAGGACCGAUGAUGGGUCCUAGGGGCCCUAUGCCUCCAAUGCCACCUGGCGGUCCUAUGCCUCCAUUUAUGGGUGGACCUCCUAAUUUUCCUAUGCCGCCUAAUUUCAUGGGUCCAAAUGGCCCAGGGCCUUGUGGUCCAAUGCCGCCUAACAUGUGUGGUCCCAAUAUGGGUCCUGGUGGCCCAGGUCCAAAUGGUCCGAUGCCUCCAUUCUUUGGUCCGCCUUUCCCAAAUAUGAUGGGUCCAAAUGGUCCGCCUAAUUCAAUGAUGCCUCCUAAUUCUAUGAAUAACAAUAUGCCUUUCAUGGGCGGCCGUCCACCUUUCGGGCCGAAUGGUCCUCCAAACUUUGGUAAUGGUAAUGGUCCUCCAAUGCCACCAUUUAUGCCUCCUAAUAUGCCUCCAAACAUGCACCACCCUGAUUCCAAAUCUAUGGAUGGUCCACCGAUGAAACCAGAUGGAAUGCCAUUGCCUCCACCUAUGCCACUUGGACUUUUGGGCAACCCUAAAGAUAUGGACAACUCUGGACCUCCAUUUAAACCAUCGCAAGUUCUCUCUGCAGAUUCGUUGCCGCCGUCAGUCCUGCGAGCCGCCAGCGAAGUCGCCUGCAACGGCGACCACUGGGAAAAUGUCCUGAAAGCAAUUCACUCACAAGACCAAAAUUUGUGGUUCCUUCACAACACUAAUUCGAACGAGUAUAAGGCGUUUAGAGAUCUAGUUGCUAAGAUCAGGGGUGAAAGAGGUGACAAGAAACCUGAAGUGAAACCAGAAGAUAAAUAUGAACCAGAGUUCAGUUUGGAAGAUGAUGACAGUAAUGAUGAUUACAGAUUUAAUAAUAAAGAUGAUAGCCGGGAUAGUACUAAAGAGGGAUUUGGCUUCAGUCAGUCUUACAAACGGGAACAACCGAGCUCGCAGAGUGAUGAGGAAUCUGACAGUAAAAGGGAAAGGAGGAAGAAGAAGAAAUCCAGGUGGAGUGAUGAUCCUCCCGCAGCUGAUAUUAAACCACCAGGGGUCGUAGCUCCACUACCACCUAUGGUGCCAGGAACAAAAUUGGCUAAAAUAGAUGAGGAGGGCAUAAAACUGAGUACAGUGAACCGCAACAAUCAGGCGCUGAUGCAGUAUGCCUUGACAAACUAUGGUACUACAAAUCUCAGUGCUGAGGACUGGAAGAAGUGCGAGGAUAAUUUCAAACUUAAUCUUUUAUAUCAGGACAUGUUAAAGAAAAGGCAAGAGGUGGAACGCCUGGCGGCUGCUGGCAAGUAUAAGUACGAAUACGACAGCGACGAGGACACGGCCGAAGGUACCUGGGAACAUAAGUUAAGAGCAAAAGAAAUGAAUGCAACAGAGAAGUGGGCGGAUGAGCUAACAAAGCAGGCGGCUGGAAAACAUCACAUUGGCGAUUUCUUACCGCCAGAGGAACUAAGAAAGUUCAUGGAGAAAUAUUCAGCAUUCAAAAGUGGCAAGGAGCCAGAUUUGAGUGACUACAAAGAAUUCAAGUUGAAGGAAGACAAUGUCGGUUUCAAAAUGCUACAAAAACUGGGUUGGACUGAAGGGCAGGGCUUGGGCGCUGAGGGAUCGGGUAUCGUUGAACCUAUUAACAAAGCAAAUCAGCCCGUAGCCAACCUCGGUUUGGGAGCUUCGACAUCAGACGUAGUAUCAGCGGAGGACGAUGAAUUUGACGCUUAUCGGAAACGAAUGAUGCUCGCCUAUAGGUUUAGACCUAAUCCUUUGAAUAACCCGAGAAGACCGUACUAUUAAGAAGAAUGUAUAUUAAUACAAUAAUGAAAGAAGUUAUUCCCGUAGUUAGUCAACAAGUUAUUUUCUAAAAAGUGUCAAAUUUGUUUUUGUGGAGUUUAUUGACGUUAUUAUUAUUAUUCCUUUACAAACGGUUGCUAAUAUUAAUUGUGCUGCCAAAGUACUUUUUGUACAAGAAAAUGUUCCAUUUGCAAUAUGAUGAUGUGGAUAGCGAAAACUAAGAAAACAAAGGGUGUAAGUCAGUAAGGCAAUUUGCCUCUGGUAUCGCGAAUGUCGCGAUGUACUAAAUAUACGAAACCUACAUUCACCAGAUGAUGCAAAUGUAGGAAGAGGUUUUGGUCCAGUCACAGUAGCUGUCAAAUAUCGAACGCCCAAUGGUGUGAGACUAGCUAAUAUCCUAUUGGAUGAAAAGCGAGAGCUUCACACUAGCCCUAUCUGAGUGCCAAGGACGAAUAACCAUCGCAUUCGUAUCGUAAGAAUAUCGAUAGUAUAAUAGUAGUGAAUUUAUAUUCUUCAUUAUAUUUAUUAUACAUUCAUUAGUAUCGAUAUACGAACUCGGCACUCGAGUGAGCAAAAAUACGAUAGGUCCCAUUAUUUUUGGUAUUUUUCGCUACUCAAAUCACUAGAACUUAUACAUUUUUACAAGCUCUAAGUUAGUACUUAAGUUUCUCUUUAACAAAUGUUGUUUUUACAUAAAUAUUUAUUUAUGUAAUUUAAAGUAAAACCUUGUUUAUUUAUUUAUUUUAUAGCAUUUCUCUUGUUAUUGUUUUCUAUGAUAAAUUACACGGCGAGAAUUACAACAUAUAACGUGAUUGUUACAUUUGCUAAAUUAAUAAUAAUUAUGUAUACAUAAUAACGUGAAUAAUUUGAGAGAAGCUCUACUAGUUUUCAAGUCAUUCCGGGGCUCUUAGUCAUAAGCAGAACGAUUUGCAUUACGGGUUUAUAUGUCACCGGGACACCAUCGCGUGGCGACCAGACUGGCAGCUGAGUGAAUAACACUCCAUACAGCGCUAUAGUAAUUAAUUGUGGCGGGACCAGUAACAUUUUGCGCUGGCGUCCGAGCUAGUCGCGCCACCAGAUUGGUUGCAUAACCAAGCCAACACCAGGUGAGUAACUAUAGAGCUGCAUACAUUUUAUUGGUGGCAGUAACUGGUUGCGAUGCCAUACGUGUUCCAGUGAAAUAUAGCCCUAACAGACAGACUUAACCGAAAUAUGAAUACCGUAAAACGGGAUGAAUAUAUACAGGAAUAGGGUGGAUAAGUGUUAGACUAUUUUCCCAACAUUUAUUCACCCCCCUUCUGUAUCUAUUCACCCCUCGAAUUCUAUUCACCCGUUUUACUGU